AUGGCUACCUCAGUUCCAGGGUUUAAAAGUAAUCGACGUCGAGCCGUCGCACAGGCGAUACGAUGGUACUUCGACGUUGCAAACGCAGAUGUCGUUCCGUUCGAAGAUCUGUUCGUCGCGGUUCGAAAGGCUUGCAACGUCGGGGUACGAUACCUGAAUAAUCGGCGCUUAUUCGCUGAUAUGAUCGAUGCUUGGCGAUCCCGCGAGUUCAUCCUGGAAAACCGAACAGCUUCUCAUUCUCUUGCCGUCCGUUGGAACCGCCGGCACUACCACUACUAUGCUGGACGAAACGGUGCCGGCGAUGAUGUGGCGCUUCCUACCGAAAUGCCUGCCAUUAUGGAAGAAUCGCCAACGUCCUACGAUCUCAGAUUGGAGUGCCUAGCAGAACGCGCCAUCUUCACAACGUUUAAAACAUAUAAAGACGAUCUGAUGCAUAUUUCGGAUCUCUUCCACUCGUUGUUACCUCCGUAA